CGCAAGAAGGGGGGGGAAACGUGGCUGCGAAUGUGUGUGAGUGUGUGUGUGUGUUGGUGACACAGGACAAAAUGAGAUGAGACCCCUCGGACGGGAGCGGCCGCCCGGCUGCCAUCCCUGAGCCCGGCCCGAUCGCUGCCAGCGCUGCCAUCGCUGCCCGGCAUCCCCGCCAAGAUGCCACUGAGCUGCGCCUCCACCUCACCCCUACGCUGCCAUGGCCACGCUAGAGACGCUGCCCGUCCUCAGUGACCCGGCCUACCCCAGCCCGCAGAGCUUCCACGGCUUCGCCCCACGCUACUCCCAGACCAUCCCCAGGAGCGCCAUGGGGAGCGUGGGCAGCGGGGUGGCCAACGACCAGGAGUUCGCCAUGAAGAGCGUGGGCACGCGCACGCAGAGCGGCGGCCGGCCCGCGGAGGGGCCCCGCAACGGCUACUCCGGGCGGGACAUCUCCCACCGCUACUCGGGCGAGGAGAAGACCUACAAGUCGGAGAAAGUCUCCAACUCCCUCUACAUCAACGGCGAGGCGCGCAAGAGCGAGAAGGUGAAGGUGGACAUCUGCGGGAACGUGACCGCCAACAACGAGAAGAACCUGCCGCCGCCGCCGCCCCAGUACCGAGAGCCCGGGAACCCACCAAAGAUUUUGCCGAUCUCCGGCAAACUGGACCAGAGCAAUGAGCCCUUAGUUAGACCCUCAGCCUUUAAACCAGUAGUUCCUAAAAACUUCCAUUCCAUGCAGAACCUCUGCCCGCCGCAGAGCAACGGGAUGGCAGAGAACAGAAAGAGCUUGAACCACGCCAACAGCAACAGCCCGUCCGCGCCCAAGGGCGGGCUGGACAAGAGCAGCCUUAACAGGACUACAAACCAAGGCGGGGGGCUCUCGGAUUCGGGCCGUAACUCCCUCACCAGCCUGCCCACCUACGGGACGGGCUACAGCCAGCACGUGGGCCCCAUGAGCGCCUCCACCAGCCACAUCAACCGCAUCGGGACCACCUACGUGGAGAAGAACAUCGUGGGGUACAACGGGAUAUCUACCUCAGACAGCGGGCGGUCCUCGAGCAAGAGCACCUCGUCCUUCAACAGACUGAACCAUCUCAACGAAACCAUGCCUUUCCACUCACCCUCGACCGACGACAUCAUCCAGGACCUGGAGGACCGGCUGUGGGAGAAGGAGCAGGAGGUGCUCCAGAUGAGGAGGAACCUGGACAAGAGCGAGGCGGCCAUCUUCCAGGUGUUCGAGGAGAAGCAGAAGAUCUGGGAGAGGGAAAUGGAGGACCUGAGGCAGAACUAUGCCAAUAAGUUGCAGCAGGUCUCCAAAAAGGCGCAGCGGGCUCAGCAGGCUCUGCAGCUCCAAAUCUUCAAGCUCCAGCAGGAGAAAAAAAAACUCCAGGAUGACAUGGGACAACUCCUCCAGCAACGAGAGGAGCUGGAGAAGAAAUUUGUGGCUUUCAAGAAGGAGCAGGCUGAGUUUCUCCCGAAGAUUGAAGAGACCAAGUGGGAGGUGUGCCAGAAGGCAGGUGAGAUCUCCCUGCUCAAGCAGCAGCUGAAGGACUCCCAAGCCGACGUCUCCCAGAAGCUCAACGAGAUCGUGGGCCUGCGGUCGCAGCUCAAGGAAGGUAAGAACUUCCUACGGGAGAAAGAGGAGCAGAUCCUCACCCUGAAGGACUCCUACAGCUCCAAGAGCGUCAACCUGGAGAUCUGCGAGGGCGAGCUGCAGAGGAAGAUGAGCGAGGUCCAGGUGCUGAGGGAAAAACUGAACCACUGUGAGCUGGAGGUCUCCGGCCUGAAGCGGACACUUGCCAGCAUGGGACCCGCGGGGUCUUUUGGCGGGGACCUCGGGGAGAAGCUGCGGGACCCGCUGGCCUGCGAGAGCGACGAGGCCAAGAUGCAGCGGCAGAGCGAGGACAGCGUGAACAGCCUGAGAAGGGAGGUGGAGAGGCUGCAGACGGAGCUGAAGCUGGAGCGGCAGCAGCGGGAGCAGCAGGUGAUGGACUUCGAGGAGGAGCGGCGCACGUGGCAGGAGGAGAAGGAGAAAGUCAUCAAGUACCAGAAGCAGCUGCAGCUGAACUACGUGGAGAUGUACCAGAAGAACCAGCUCCUGGAGCACAAGGUCAACGAGAUGAACACCAAGGCCACCAGCCCCCCACACACCGAGGAGAAGAAGACAUGGACUCCCUCCAGGCUCGAGAGGAUAGAGUCCACCGAGAUCUGAGGGGGGACUGAGGUGACACAACAGAAUUUUUUAUGGCUGUGCAUGUACUACCUACUCAAGCCAGAGAUCUUCCGAAGGAUAACGCGCUCCCGUCGGAGCGGUGUGAGCAUGCUCCCACCAGGCUCCAUCACCCUUACUCUCCACUUCUGUGCUCUGUAGGUACAAUAACUGUGGAUGUGCGUUGGUUUUCUAUCGAUAAUGCCACAUCUUGGCUGGGGUUUUUCCUAGUACAGCUGGUGAGGGUCAAUUGGCUCUUUUGUAAUCUGCCCUGACUGUUACUUCACUAGAGGCUGCCACCCCCUCUCCUACAAUUCACCCUUCUUUGGUUGGUUGUUUUGGAGGGUUGUAUUCGGUUUCUUUGGUUUUCCAAGCAUUUACGCGCAGCAAAACAGUUCAAAGUGGCAGGUUUGUUGUUUUUUUGGGAUUUUUUUUUUCCAGGACGUUUUUAGCCACAUUGGCUAAUGGAGCAAAGCUCUCGGGAUCAUGAGCAAACAAAAGUGUUCUGCAUCAAGUAUCCUGUCUAGACGGUGGUCUUAGUGAAGUCAGUGUGAGCUUGGCCACUGAUUUCAGUGAAACCAGACAUAUCUCUACCAGACAACUCCAUCUUGCCCUGGCUGCAAGAGGUUAGGACAUCCUUGAGGAGCAGGAUGAGCCUGUCCUGGUAACAGAAGGCUGAAACAAGGAAUGAUGUCCCAGCAGGAGCCUCUCUGGAGGCUCAGCAGAGCUUAACACAUGCUGCGUUUUCACUUCCUUGUGGUUUCCUCCUGCAGUUCCACUCCUCUCCCAGGUUGUGACCAACCCGGGAGCAGAAAUACCCUCCCACCUCUGCCUCGGCCCCCUGACUCUAUACCCAAGCUGGCUACAGCAAGAAAAAAGCUUGGAAAUCUGAGCUAGUUUCCCUUCCCAACAGCCCCCUUACUUCCCAAAGUCAAUGGAAUCGAGGUUUGGGGAAGCCUCCAAACCUGUGGGAUGUUUAUGCAAACUGAAGCUUUAGCAAUCUGCCCCAGAAGUGGGCAAUUGUGCCACCCUGUCCCCAAAUGAGUGACACCUUGGUGCACUCUCUUGGGCCAGGGUCUGCUUAAAAACAGCACUCGAGCCUCACUCAGGAGUUGCAGGGGGGGCACAGCAGCAUCACAGCUGGAUUGCAGUGGUCAGCCUUCAGUUCUGCCAUUCCAAACAGCACCCACAGCCAUCCCACGGGGCACCCCACACCCCAGGGAUGGAGAGAACAACUCGCAGGCCUGGCUCAAGAAAACACUCAGCUACUAACUCUGAGCAUGAAAGAAGUGAUAAGAGGGGGAAAUGCUUAAGAUCACACAAGUGCUUAUGCCCUGGCAGAAUAAUAAACCAAAUCCUACGUGCCCAGUCACUAAGGCAGCAAAACCUGGCAUUCUGCUUGAAAAGGUGGGCAAGGUGAGCUCGGUUCUUCCUGUCAUGGACAGGUUUUUACCACGAGUCACAAUAAAGAGAAGAAAAAUGUUGCAAAGUGGAGUUUGCACUGGCCAAAGGAUCAGUAGGAGUGGGGAUUUUGGCUCUUUGCCCUGGGGAGCAGCUAAAAGAGAAAAGUUAGGAUUAGCACUGGAAUGUCUUGAAAUGUCUGUGAGGUGACUCCAGGGCAAAUUUGGCCAGAUUAAAUUUCAUGUGCGCACCAAGGAAGAACCUGGAGGCAUUGAGGGGCUGAAGACCUUUCAAACAAAAGCCCUGAAGCUGCACAUUUUCUAUGUUCUGUCUCCCUAAAGCUCUCCUGUUCACAACCAGGUGUGACCAUCAAUCUGAGAACAAACACUGCUGUGAGGAGCUCCACACUGAGCAGAGUGGAGACUGCAGUUAGUCCCACCAGCCCAAGUCAUGGGACAGCGCUACCAGCCAGGAGCUGGUGGUGGCUGCCAGAGACCCCUGGAGCCACUGAAAAUAGAAAAGUGCCAAGACCAGGGCAUUUCAAGACCCCAGUUGACAGCUCCUGUCUUUUCCCACCAGUUCUGCCCAUGUCUUUGGAGCUGGAGGAAAACAACUCAUGGAAAACACCAGGGCAGCUCAGACUAAGCCCCUUUCCCUGGACCAGCCAUAAAAGGGAGGUUAGGUCAGGUCUGACCACUGAUGGGUGUGGGGAAGAGUCCUACUGCAAAUCCUGAAGAUGCUCCAGCACUCUUGGACAUCAGCCCAGCAAGGAAGGAGUGCAGCUGCCUGCCAGUGCCACACAGCUGCAGACUUUGCCAUGCCCAGGGAGACAUCCACGUGCACCUGGCCAGGCACAUCCUAGAGCUUCCUCCAUGUCAUACUCCAGGCCUUCCAGACAGAGUCAAACAUCCCACAGUGUCAGGGCUGGAGAUCUGGUGUCUUACACCAUCUCAGCUUUCUGUUCACAUCGGACAAGGCCACGUUGUCCUCCCUCCCAAAGCAGGUGUUUGGUGUCUGCUCUUGUGAAGAUUGCUCACCUUGGAGGAGAGGAAAGGCCCCCUCCCUCCACCCUCCUCACUGCAACACAUCGAUCCAGAGCUUCAAUCCAGAUCUGAGACCUCGACUGUGGACAUUCCCUGGAUGACAGAGCCUUGCAGACACCUUAAGACACUCUGCUGCUGGUUUUCCCUCUCUUGGGAUUCUCCCAGGAUCUCCCAAGCAGCACCCCCAAGUGUCCUGCAGAAACCACUCCACCCCUGCUAUGGUGACAGAAAACACAGAUGGUUUUGGGAGCCAAACUGCCACAAAGGAUUCCUGUGCUUCAGGAUUCCUCCCCACAACUGGAUGUGCUGCUCCCCGUCAAGUCCUCUCCCCUGUGCCAGCCCUUUGCUCAGCAGAGAUGGAGCAAAAUGAUGGUGAGACACCUGGAUUCCUCUUGUCUGUGCCCAGGUGGAGCUCACCUGGCUCCUUCCAGAUCUUUUACACUUUCACAAGUUGAUGAAAUCUCCCAUCAAAAGCUUCAUUGAGGCUCUGGGGUCUUAGCCCUGGAUUAGGACAGCCAAGGGGUGCCAGGCUGGUGUUUGGGUGACAUAUCCUGGGAAUGGCCAAGGAGGUUUGCAGUGUGUCUCUUGGAGGCUCAGGCAGGGCUGAUGAAUUGUUUCUGCCCCAUGGAAUUCCACCCAGAGUUUGGGCUUGACCAUCCCCCAGCUGUCUCCUCCACCUUGGAGGUACUGGAAUUCAGCAUGACAUCCUGGCUCUCGUGUCAUUUUCCAAGUCCAGCCCCCAAAAUCCUCUCUAACUUGCCACUGGCCACCACCACAAGCUGUGGCCAUGAGGGUCUCAGCUCAGUUGCCCACACAUGGGGUCCACAAUGGUAUCUGGGAUACCCAACACAUGCAUGAUCCGAGAUUUUUGGGAGAGCCAGGCCAGUGGUGGCAGUCCUGGAGCAGCUCUGGUGUCGCACAACCCCCAUGUACAGAGCCCUGUCAUGCUCCAGGCACAUCCACACAGCAAGAAGGGGACACUGAUCAGCUCCAGAGGCUUCCACCCAUGAGGAUGUGGGCUAAGCAGGCUGUCCUGGUGCCAGGGAAGGUCUCACUCUGCUGUGAGCAGGGUUGCUUUGCUCCACCACCAUUCCAAGGCUGGCUGCUGCCACUGUCCCAGCAACCCAGCUGGGCUGAUUCCAGCACUCCCCUCUCACCCCCAGGGUGAACACCACAACCAGGGCACGUUGUUGUGCCUCACACAGCCCCAGUCACCUCCUGCCACUGUCUGCUGGCAGCUGGUGGCCCCAGUCCUGCUGUCACUGGUGGUGGUCACUCACCUCCAGGUUUCCACGCUCCAGGGAGGAAUGGAAUUGUUGCUUUUACACUGUUGUACAGAGAGAAGUGUAUUUGGAUGUAAAUAAGAGCCCAGCUCUGUAUGUUGAUGAUUAAAAGGAGACAAGAA